ACAACUUUCAAAGUUAUUUUUGUGAAAUUUGUUCUUUUUUACACCCGCAGUGACGUCUUAUUCUGCACUUCAGAGGAGAGAUAACCAGGAAAUAUAUGUAUAUAUAAAUGAAGGACAUUCUUAGAGGGAAGACAGAGAUAAGAAGUCAGAAGAAUGAGUCUCUACGCACGAGAACGCCAGCAAGAACUGAACACACUUGCCUGCUUGGCCAUUGGGUUAAAAGGCUGGAAGACAACUGUCGAACUUCAUAAUGAUUCCUUCGCAUGUGGAAGAAUUGUAGACGUUGAUGUGAAAAUGAACAUUGAGAUGAGUGAAGUGAGAUACACAGACGGAAAUGGGAAGAUGUUGAAACUGGACAAUUUUCACGUGUCGGGACGGAGAAUCAGAUACAUACACAUUCCAGAUCAGGUUGACAUAAUGAAGUUGAUAGAGAAUAAGGUCCUGCCAAACCAACCACACAAGAAAGUCACCAAGAAAGCCCAGAUUGCUCUCAAGAGGACCCAACAGACGCUCAAAAGAUACAGGCGGGAACAGGAAGCUCAAGCAGGGGGGAGUAAAGAAGGAACGUAAAGCUUGUAAAGUUUCACUCCAAGAUGAAGAUUUUGGGUUAAGAGAGGAUAACAAUUAAUGAGAUUCUUGUGAGUGUACUUUGAAGUCUGUCCAUCCAUGCAGUUAUGAAAAGGAAGGAGUUACUAUGUUUUUAAGCAUACUAUUUGAAAUAUUAAAUUGAAAGGUUGUGAAAGAAUGAUUUUCAUUCUCAUAGCACUUUGUACCCCUUCCAACUGUUUUGUAUCAAUAACCAAUACUCAUUUCAUUUGAUUGCAUUUCUUCUGAAUAUUUAUAAACUGCUUAUGAAGUUCAAAUUAUUUUUUAUUUAUCAGUUUAUUGUCAUUCUGAUAUAUGAAGAGUAAAAUUGAUUCAGGGUGUGCCUUUUGUUUUAGUUUUUUCAUGUGAGAGAUCAGCUCACUCAAAAAAAUAGCUUUAAAUUUGUAUGUAUCAUUGUUGUUUCAUUGCAUUAUACAAUACUUUGGUUUUCUUCUUGUGUAAUAUAAUAGUUGACUAAU